UCCAGAAAUAGCAUCCGCAGUGCUUGUCUGACUAUGUCCCUAUGCUGGUGCUUGCGCUGUGUCUGAUGACCAAAAUCCUGGAGUACUCCUCGGGCCGGGUCCUGUGCGUCCAGGAUGACCCGGCCACGCAGGGCCCCAACAAACAGGGGUCCAAGCGACUGCCCUGCCGGCGCAGGGCCCGCCGCACCAAAACGCAACAAACAAAGACCGAGGAGACGUGCGACAAUAGGAUUAAAGAAGGUAGAGAGCACCAAGAUGGCGACCACUUCCGCCGGACAGGGGGCCUCGAGGAGAAAAUGGGUGACCCAAACUGCAACAACCGCGGUUGGUGCGGCGAGGGUUGGCCCCGGAAGGGGCUGCUCUCGACCUUCAGCAUGUCAACGUACAACGACCUGGCCAGGGAUCUGGACGCCAACCUGGCGCAGAUUGAUAUGGACGACGACCUGGACAUGCACUCUGUGCUUACCACGGUCAACCACUAUUCCGACUCGCAGUCAGACGCGUCCAGCAAGUUUCAGGAGAGUGUGUGCCGGUCAGGGCCUCUUUUCUCUCCAGUCAAAGACUCGCCCCUGACCAAUCUGACCAACAUUUCUGUCGAUUCUCUCGACCUCGAGGGCGACAUUCUGUUGACCUGCCAGGCCAACAAGGACAACUACACGAUCGCGUUUGAAGACUACAGCACAGCUGGUGAGGACAGUUGGUGCGGGAGCCGCAAGCUGUUCGAUGUGUGCAGUUCAAGUUCGGACGAAGGGCUGGGAGCGGGACCUGGGGCCCCUCUUAGUCUAGUGAGGCGACUCUUCCUUAAGCAGCAGCAGCGGAGUGAAGAGAGGAUGAGCACCUCCAGCUCGAGCGAGCUGGACAGUUCCAGCCGGUUCUGUCCAGCCAACAUCAAUGCCCUUCUCAAUAAGACUAGAAAGUGUCCUCUGCAGGUUACACAGGCAACGCAGACUGAGGCGCAGAGUUUGAACCAGAGCGUCCAGACGCGUGCGCCAUCGCAGCCACCCCCGACCACCAGCAGGCCGCACCUGCAGGUGUGCUACCCAAACUAUGCGUUGCCUGAUCUUUCCUUCCUGAAGACCGCAGGCACCCCUCCCGGGGCCACUGUCCACCUGGCGCCACGAGGACCUCCAAUAAAGGCGGGAAAACCCUCGGGACGCCCAAGGCCGUUUUCCUUGGAUGACGUUGAACGACUCAAGGACAAAGGGCUGUCCCACGUGAAGGACUGGGACAGCCUCAACGUCCUGUUGCCUGCAGAGUGCAGGCAGAUCUUGGAGGCAUCCAGCUCAUCCUCAGGCUAUCACAGCCCUGGAACUCAGAAGUUGAGGAAAAAGGGCAGCAAGGACGAGUUGAACAACAACCCUCGCUGGGACCAGCCGACCAGUGAAGACGUGUUGAGGCUGCGAGCUCAGGUGUCUAGUCAGCUGCUGAAAACGAUGCAAGUGCAGUUUGCACCACCAAACUCCCCAUGCCACCCCCCAAAGGACGACAUCCCUGAAUCGAUCGCCCAGCACCGCAUACCCUUCAGCCUUCCCCUCAACCUGGACCUUUCGCGCGUAUCAGGAUUAGGAACUUUUGCAGACAUGGUGAGCACCAUGCGUGUCGCCUGCCAGCAGUACUGCUCCUGCCUGUCCGACCCCGACACUCUGCAGACCGUGGCCCUUCAGCAGAUUUGUCCCGCCUUGACGGACAUCCUGAGCCACGGACUGCGACCUGAGGUGGACACGGGCUUCGGCAUGGUCUCCAAUUCUGCAUGGCGAGUUGUCGAGGCGGCUGCCCACAGCGGCCAGAUCGCCAAGGCGCUCAACGAUCUGCUGAUGCGCGUCAACGCCGACGACAUGUUGACAGAGGGACCUCUCAAGGUCAACGCCUUCAUAUUUGGACUUAUCAACGUUGGUGCCCUAGGAGCUUGGUUGUCACUUUUACGGACGCGCGAGUCGCUAAUUCGAAAGCACUACGGGUCCAUCGCCUUCCUCGCCGGCGCCAAUUCCUCGGCCCGGCAGCACUUUGACGCCGUGGUGGCCGCGGUCGAGUCUUUGCCAAGGCCGCCGGCCCCCCUGGACCUGCUGCUUGAGGUGAAGCGGUUGCAGCGUGGCCUGAGGCCGCUGCUCAGCCGCCCUCGCUCCUGCGUCCACGAAAACCUCAGUCUGCAGCUGGGGCAGCUGGGCCCCGAGGAACGCAAGCAGCGCCGCUGGUCGGCCACUGCUUCGCCCAAACUCGCGCAGGCCCUCGAGCGUCUGGUGGCCGAAGAGGCGGCAAGGGCCGAGGCCUCCUCAGAAGGGCCUUCUGAGGCUGAUAGUUUGGAAACCAGGGAUCGAUUUAAGAAAUUGCAACGUCAGUGGGAGUUAAUGAGCCGACCUUCGAGGAUUCCGCGGCUCAUAAACUCGCCCUCGCGACCCAUGGCACCCUCUUGGCCGCCCGCCCAUACCCCUUCGCCCCCUCGCCCAGUGGAAAUGAGGAACAAACCCCUGAAAGCGCCACCCCCAACGCUUCCCAAGCCCAAGGCCGUAAAACCGCAACCCGCUCCCAAGAAACCCAUCACCACGAGAGGACAGCCGCUGAGGCGAGUGCAGACUGUAAGGCAUCGGUUGGGCGCCGAGUCGGGCCACCUGAGUUACGACAAGGGUCAGACGCUGGAGGUGCUGGUAUGCGUGGACUCGAGGUGGCUACUUUGUGCCAAGGGGGUCCUGAAGGGCCUGGUGCCCCGCGAAGACGUAAUGUGAUCUCACUCAAGGCUCUGGGGCAUCAACGCACGACCCCCGACGGCCCGACCAACCGAUUUUUUUGACUGAACAAAGAAAGGUUUGACUGAAACGAACAGUGCAAUGUGCGUGUGCAAUUCUCUCAUAUGACGUAAGAACAAAAAUUCAAAGUGCAGCAUUUACUUGAUAAGUGGUUAGACGAAAAAUGUAUAAUAAAAUGCGGUAAGUACCAAGACGUAAUUAUUAACCUGAGGAGUAUAUUAAAAAUAUAUAUAUUGCGGAAAAAAAGAACAACACUAAAUUACCUGUAAUUAUGUAUAUCUCCACGCUAUCUGAUUAAGAUGUACCUUAGCUGGUAAGACGUAAGUAACCUAUCGCAGCUUACAAAAUUACUAGCAAGCAUUGUAACAAGUCGAAACUAACUGUGCAAAGAUCAAUAAAAAAAUUUAAAAAAAAAUAUCACAAUACAUAGCACACAGCCUGAAUUUU